AUGGAAGAGUUGUAUAUUGGUGCGAGAAACCGUAGGACUACAAAGACUAAUAGGUUUCAUUUUGAGGUUGAAAUCUUCAACACGGUGGUAGAUAUGCAACUUAUAGAAUAUCGGGAUCGAUUUAGUGAAACAAGCACCCAAUUACUAGAAUACAUGGGUUCUUUGAGCCCUUGUGAUUCAUUUGCACAAUUUGACAAAUCAAAGUUAUUGAAGUUAGACCUCGAAGGACAACUUGAGAUAUUUUAUCACUCUUCCAUCAAAGAUGAGAGUUUCACUAGUUUGAAAGGAAUUUUCGACCUUUCUCGUUUGAUGGUUAGUACGGGGAAGCAUCGGUCUUAUCCUUUGGUUUAUAAGCUUUUAAAGUUUGCUUUGAUAUUACCCGUAGCGACCGCAAGUGUAGAAAGAUGUUUUUCAAAGUUGAAGCUCUUGAAGACAAACUUGCAUAACAAAAUUGGCGAUGAAUUUUUGAAAGACACAUUGCUUUGUAAUGUCGAGACGGAAGCACUUGCGAAAGUUGAGGAUGAAAAAGUAAUGGAGCGGUUUCAAAAGAUGUCUGCACGAAGAGGACAAAUUUAA